AUGGCGCCCAAGACUUUGAACGAUUUGAAGCGCAAAGACCUGUUCCAGACAAAAGGGUACAUCAAUGACAGCUGGGUCGAUGCAGCCUCGGGGAAGACAUUCGAUGUCUACGACCCAGCGACGCUGGACAAAAUCGCGACUAUCCCCGAAAUGGGCGCCGAGGACACCGACAAAGCUAUCGCAGCUGCACACGAAGCUUUUCAGAGCUUCAAAAAGACGACCGCCCGUCAGCGUGCAAGGUGGCUGCGGAAGUGGAGCGACCUCUGCCUGGAGAAUAUUGACGAUCUUGCAUUGAUUCUGACUCUGGAAAAUGGCAAGACCCUGGUCGAGGCCAAAGGUGAAGUCACUUAUGCGGCUUCUUUCCUCGAAUGGUUUGCUGGUGAAGCGGAAAGAGUGCAUGGUGAAGUGGUUCCCACGGCCAAUUUGAAUCAACGCAUCUUGACAUUCAAGCAACCAAUCGGGGUCGCAGCAUGUCUCGCCCCUUGGAACUUCCCAAUUGCCAUGAUCACAAGGAAAGUGGGCGCAGCGUUGGCAGCAGGAUGCACCACGGUGUGGAAACCGGCUGGGGAAACUCCGUUGAGUUCUCUUGCACAAGCUGUCCUUGCGCAUGAAGCUGGAUUUCCCAAAGGCUCGAUCAACGUGAUCACUACCCUCAAUCUGGUCAGUGAAGUCGGCGACGCACUGUGUAAGAGCAGUCUGGUCCGGAAAUUGAGCUUCACAGGCAGUACUCGCGUCGGUAAACUCCUGGCAAGACAAUGCAGUGAUAGCCUCAAGAAACUAUCACUCGAACUAGGUGGAAACAGCCCGUUCAUCGUCUUUGACGACGCCAAACUCGACACGGCGGUCGAAGCUUGCAUCUUGGCCAAAUUCCGAAACUCUGGCCAGACCUGUGUGACUGCCAACCGGAUUUUUGUACAGAAGGGCAUCUAUGACAAGUUCGCCGAAGCUCUGACGGUCAAAAUCAAAUCGCUUAAAGUCGGACCAGGAACUGAGGAAGGAGUCUUUGUGGGCCCGUUGACGCACGAGCGAGCCGUCGAAAAGGCGAUGAAUCACAUCAAUGAUGCUAAGAAACACGGCGGUCAGGUCGUCCUUGGAGGAGAGCCGUUGAAGGACUUGAAAGGUUACUUCCUCCAGCCAACAGUCAUCAAAGGGAUGAACAGGGAGAUGAUCACCACGCGGGAAGAGACCUUCGCUCCCGUGGUCGGGCUGUACGAAUUCGACACCGAGGAAGAUGUCAUCAAAAUGGCAAAUGACUGCAACGUCGGUCUGGGAUCCUUCAUUUGCACGGAAAAUAUCCCACGAGCAUUCCGGGUCACAGAAGCAUUGGAAGUCGGCAUGGUUGGCGUCAACCUCGGGAUGCUCAGCGCCUGCGAGAGUCCCUUCGGUGGUGUCAAGGAAAGUGGGUAUGGUCGAGAAGGUGGACGACAGGGCAUCGAGGAAUACCUGAGCGUCAAGUCCAUGUUGAUCAACGUCGCCAAUUGA